GCAACACCAAUAGCAACAAAAACCAUUAAGAAACGAAGUUUAUCGUACUAGUACACUAGCUAGUGCACAGAUAAUCAGAAAGAGUAUUGAGAAAUGGUGUGGUCGAUUCGAUUUCUUGUGCUUUUUCUGGCAUGCGUUCUUCCUGCUUUGGUUGAGAGCAGAGUCCGCCACUACAAGUUUAAUGUGGUGCUGAGAAAUAAAACUAAACUAUGCUCAAGUAAGCCAAUAGUUACCGUUAACGGCAAGUUCCCGGGGCCAACUCUCUAUGCCAGGGAAGACGAUACUGUGCUUGUCAAAGUCACCAACCAUGUCAAGUAUAACGUUUCCAUUCACUGGCAUGGUAUCCGGCAACUACGAACCGGUUGGGCAGAUGGUCCGGCAUACAUCACACAGUGUCCAAUUCCCACAGGCCAAAGCUAUGUGUACAACUUCACCAUCACAGGGCAAAGAGGCACACUUCUUUGGCAUGCACAUAUUCUCUGGCUAAGGGCAACUGUCCACGGUGCCCUUGUAAUUUUGCCCAAGCGUGGGGUGCCUUAUCCAUUCCCAGCACCCCACAAGGAAGUAAAUGUGGUAUUAGGUGAAUGGUGGAAAUCAGAUACUGAAACUGUGAUCAAUCAGGCUCUCAAAUCUGGUAUAGCACCUAAUGUAUCAGAUGCUCACACUAUUAACGGUCAUCCAGGUGUCGUUCCAAAUUGUUCUUCACAAGGUGGCUUUACAUUGCCUGUGGAAAGCGGCAAGACUUACCUUCUACGAAUCAUCAAUGCUGCGCUCAAUGAGGAGCUCUUCUUCAAAAUUGCAGGACACAACUUGACCAUAGUGGAAGUAGAUGCCACAUAUGUGAAACCCUUCAAGACGGACACCAUUGUGAUUGCCCCGGGACAAACCACCAAUGCCCUAGUCACGGCCAAUCAAAACUCCGGCAAGUACAUGGUGGCAGCCUCGCCAUUUAUGGACUCUCCAAUCGCUGUUGACAACCUCACGGCCACCGCCACUCUUCACUAUACUGGCACACUUGCUAGCACACCUACAACGCUCACUAGCCCACCUCCCCAAAACGCAACCCAAGUUGCUAACAGCUUCAUAAACUCUCUAAAAGCCCUAAAUUCCAACAAUUUUCCAGCCAAAGUCCCAUUAAAAAUCGAUCACAAUCUUUUGUUCACAGUUGGACUUGGGAUUAAUCCAUGCCCCAGUUGCAAAGCUGGUAAUGGAAGCAGAGUAGUGGGUAGUGUUAACAAUGUCUCAUUUGUUAUGCCAACCACAGCUCUGCUUCAAGCACAUGUUUUCAACAAAAGUGGGGUUUUUACCACGGAUUUCCCCGGCAACCCGCCGACAGCUUUCAACUAUUCUGGAGGUCCACCGGCUAAUGCAAGCUUGGCAACUACAAAUGGCACAAAGCUUUAUAGGCUAGCUUAUAACUCAACAGUUCAACUUGUGUUGCAAGACACUGGGACUAUAGCCCCUGAGAACCACCCUAUCCAUUUGCAUGGAUUCAAUUUCUUUUGUGUGGGUAGGGGCGUUGGGAACUAUAACCCCAAGACGGAUCCUAAGAAGUUCAAUCUUGUUGAUCCUGUUGAAAGGAACACAGCUAAUAUUCCGUCCGGCGGAUGGACAGCUAUUCGAUUUGUCGCUGAUAAUCCAGGAGUUUGGUUCAUGCAUUGCCAUUUGGAAGUGCACACAACAUGGGGGCUUAAGAUGGCAUUCUUGGUGGACAAUGGCAAAGGACCUAAUCAAUCUCUUCUUCCACCUCCAAAGGAUCUCCCAAAAUGUUAACCUAGCCAAAAGGAGCCUCUGUUAUUGCAAGUAGAGAAACCUAACGAAAAUUGAGCUGUGCAGACUCAAAGGCACACACACAUGGUCAAGAAGAAGAUGAAGAAGAAAGAGAGGAUGAAUAAACAAACAAAUUUAUCUAUAUGUAGAUUCAAGCUUUGUUGCUUGAGUGAAUGAAACAAUUUGCUCAAGCAAGUUGAAUUAAUUUUUGGAUUGCUGAAGUUGAUAAUAUACACAUUUUUUUUCUCAAUAAUUAAUAUAUGUAUUGGUCUUGGAUGUGCAAGUCUUUGUUUAUGUAUUAUAAAGUUGUGAAAUGGGAUUUUCAAAUUUCCUUUUUA